CUGCCACUCUGGGUACGUGGGUGCUCGCUGCGAGCAUGCGGACCUCCUGGCCGUGGUGGCCGCCAGCCAGAAGAAGCAGGCUAUCACUGCCUUGGUGGUGGUCUCCAUUGUGGCCCUGGCUGUUCUCAUUACCACCUGUGUGCUGAUCCACUGCUGCCAGCUCCGCAAACACUGCGAGUGGUGCCGUGCCCUCGUCUGCAGACACGAGAAGCCCAGCGCCCUCCUGAAGGGAAGAACUGCUUGCUGCCACUCUGAGACAGUGGUCUGAAGAUCCCAGAGGAGGAGUUUGGCCAGGCAGCCUCCCAGGCGGCCUGUGACAGCCCAACCACAGAAAGGCUUCUCAGAACAGCGUCACCCGCAGUGUUGGGGCCCUGCAGACGUGCUGGCAGACCCCUCCCCUCAGUGCACAACCACCUGCUCAGCCUUCUGUCCUCCGAGGGCCUUCAAAACUGUGUGAUAAUGCUGCCUGCUGGGCUUUCUCAGUGCACCCUAAAGAAGAGGCCAGUAGACCAUGUUUUAAAGACAAGUUAAACAAGAACCUGAAAAGGCUGGCCUUCUUGCUAACCCACACCAAGCGUGUGCUUGGAUUGGUGUCUCCUGCCAGCCAUGGGUUCCAAGCUGUUUCUUCUCAACGGGCCAUCUGCCCCAGCAGAAACUCCGUGGUUAGUGUACAAAAUGGACAAGGGGAAACAUCUAUUGUUAUAUGAAGACACUGUGGCCUCCCACAAGCCCUGAUAUCUCCUCAUGCUGUUUCCGGGAUGUGUGUCUUAUUUAUUAGAUGGAUAACGGUUUUAUUUUUCAUCUCUCAAGUCAGCAUCAGGCAUUCACGUUAGUGAUACAUGAACAGCUGUGAAGUUACACCAAAUAGAAACAUCCAGCCACCUUGGUAAGUUAGGACCAAAGGGAAGGGAGCCUCGCUGGAGCUGCAGACAGAACUCAAAAUGCAUUCUGAUGGGAACAAAACGGCUAUUCGGAGGCUGUACCACUUAAGACAGGAAAGUUAGCAAAGUUAGAAAAUCCAGUAGCAGAGAGAGUUCUCCCUGAUGGGGGACAAGAGGACAAGAGAGCCUGUGUGGGCACCUAGGGAGGACGCACAUGCCAACACAUGAUUAAGUGGAUUAACUUCCUCGUGAGUCCAGCUUGCAUUAGCAGCAAGCUGUGGGCCAAAUCCAUGAAGGGGACCAGCCCUUUAUUUUCCAUGCUGUUGCCUUGGUUUUUGCUUUAUUUUUAGAAGGAGAAAUUUAACUUUCCUAUUUAUUUUCAAGCAUUAGAGAAAUAUCCCACUGUUUUGUUUUGUUUUGUUUUGUUUUUUUACUCCUUUCAGAAUGUUGGCAUUAUUAACAAAAUUGGCUACCAAGCCUCUCCACUCCCCUUAGGAGAAGCAGACCUGCUCCCUGAUCACCCCAGGGUGCUCUGACCCGUUGGACCCACCCUCAUCCUGGCGCUGCUCUGUACUGUCUGGAGACUCGAUGACAGGAAACACCAAAGCUGCUUAUUGAGGAGGCCAUCCUUAACUCAGAAGUGAAAAGUCCAACCCCCUCUGCCCUCCGUGGCCUCCAGUUAAUGUGCUGGCAGAAGGGCAUUUGAUAUACCAUGUUGGCUUGAAGUUUCUGUCAGAAAGUUUUGCCUACUCCUCAUUCUUCUCCAUUCCACCUUCUUCUGUGAAUUGUUCUCUUCUCGUGUGAUCUAGGCCCUGAUCUGCCCCAGGUCUUAACCCUAGCACUCUGGUCACAAUGCCUGAAGCCCUAAAAGAAGAAGCUGGAUCUGUUCAUUGCUGCCCUUCCUCCAGCUACUUAGCUGACAUGGCUCCAGGCAGACAGCAUUAUUUUCGUUAUUAUUAUUUUGUUUUGGUGUUUUAUUUUGUUUUGUUUUGUGAGACAAGGUCUUGCCCUGUAGCUCAGGCCAGUCUUGAACUCAAGAUCCUCCUGCUUCAGCCUCCUGAAUGCUGGCCGUACCCAGCAGAGUUAUUUGUUUGUUUGUUUAUUAAAAUAGGUUAAGUUUGCUUUCCUUGGGUCAUACAUGUGGGUCAAGGCCAAGAGUACCAAGAGUAGCCUGCUGCUCUGAGACCAAUCAGCCGUGCUUGACUUUCUAGACCUCUACUGGCUCCAGCGCUCUCAGCUGAAGUCCUGGCUCGGGGCCAAUACAAAUGGACGUGCAGGGCUUGUUUUAACUUAGUUCACACUGUUCGCUUCCGAUGGCAGAUCCUUUCUGGUCGUCUGGCUGCUUUUAAAGAGUUUGAACUGAUAUCAAAAUAUUAAUGGGAACUUCCUUACCUGAUGUCCCAUCCUAAAUAUGUUACCAUCCAAGACUCAGCAGAGGUGGGGAAAAAAUUAGGAUGAAAUCAUGAUGGUGAAGGCAGAGGAUUCUCAGGAGGACCUCAGCUUCAGUGUCUCCACAUUCCUGUUCAAGGCCCAGCCAGUCACAGCAGCCAGUGCCCUGCAGUGCCUGCACACAGACACAGCCAGCUCACAUGGCCCCUACAAGUGCCUUCCCAGCCACCCCCUUUGCAAAACAAUGGAUCUGGAGAAUCAGAAGCUAAAAGUAGGUUGAGGCAAGUCUGGUUGGACAUCAUCCUGGCCCCAGCAUACAGCAGCCCUGCUUUGGUGACUUUGAUUUUGGAAGUCAGUCAAAUGUUGUGUCUCUUCUUUGUCAUCUCACAGCAGUUAGUGUACCAACAUCCACCUGUCGGUUCACACUGCACUCCCUCAGCACCCUCCUGUCAGUUCACACUGCACUUCCUGGCCCUCUCUUGAUGUUCAGCGCAGCAGUAAAUAGGAGCAGCAGCCACAUAUGACAGUGGCCAGCACAGCCGUUCCAGUGACUUGGGGAACUAUGGACAUUCCCAUUGAAUGAACUGAAACUAAUUCUAGGGACGUUUCAAUGGCUCAGUGAGUAAAGGCACUUAUCAACAUCCUGAGAACCUGAGUUCAACCCCUGGGACCCACAUGGUAGAAGGAGAAAACCAAUUUGUCCAGGGUGCCUUCUGUUCUCCACACACAGGGGCAUGUGUGCAUACAUACACACACACAUAGACACACAGGGCCAUGUUUACACACAUACACACACGCACACACAAUCUAAUUUAUAAAAAUGAAUUCUAGAAAGGCCCCCCAUUCCUCUAGCUGUAACUUUAAACCUACCAUGGGUCACAUUUUCUCGGUGGAAAAAAAUAUAAUAGUGACUCCAGUCUGAAAGGUAGAUUCCAGGCAGGUACAUAUGGAACCAAGCCACGACUCAGUUUGUUGUGUAUCCCAUAAAAAGGUGGGAACUAUAAUCCCAAGAUCCCCUUUCUCAAAAAAAGGGGGGGGGGGCUACUCACAACGGUGAGGGAAGAGGCUCUCUCUGGGCCCCCGGGGCCAGGUUUCCCAGUGCCUGUGAGCCCCAGAAUAGACCAGCAACAUUCUAAGCCUGCCUGCAGGCCCCAGUCCUGAGUGAGUUCCAAGCUUGUUUCUUCCCCAGGACCAAGAGGAGGCCACACAGAACACCACAUAUGUUUUUGACACAGGGUUUCUCCCUGUAGUCCCGGCCAGCCUUGAACCCAUUAUUCCCCUGCCUCAGCCUCCUAGAUUACAGGUGUGUGCCACCAUACUUGGCUUAUGUUUGUUUCUAAUGUUCCGGUGUCAGGUGUAUUCCCUGAAGCCACUGAUCUAUCUCAAAGACACAGUGUUGUGUGCACACGUGACCGUGCGCGCACACACACACAGAGUACUGGAACGCAACUCCUCUCCACGGUGUGAUAAGUUUUUUGUAAGGGACCUGAUGCUGUUUUUAGGGCUCAUCAUUCUGACUUCAGUAUAUGAUGCACUGACGGUUACUAUGUAAUGUUUUAAUUUAUUUUAUGUGGUAAGUUAAUUUUGGUCUCUGUAAUGUAUUAAUGUGAUUAGAAGCUUUUUUCCUUAAUAUCUGAAUUAUACUUAAAGAGUAGCAAGGAAUAUAAGAUACUGUUGUGUUUUUCAGAAAUGUGUAUUGUUACCCAGUUGUAUUGUACCUUGUCUGGAAGGAUGAAGGAAUGAAAUCUUUUUUUUCCUAAAUAUCAAGACUGAAGUUUUUCUUUAAUGUGGCUGAAAUACGAUUUUCUCUGCAAAUGUGAAUGAGAAAAAAGUA